AUGGGGAAACAAGAUGAUGCAGCCCUCGACGCGCACGUCUCGGGACAAUCGAACAAGCCACUCACCAAACCAGCGCACGCUCUCGAAUGGAAGACUGUUGCGCAAGAAUUGAAGGCCGACAUAGACGAUGGCCUCACUUCAUCCGAUGCCAGCGAACGGCUCGGCGAGGUUGGGCGCAACGAGCUGGGCGAUGCCAAAGGCGUCAACCCCGGCAAGAUUCUCACGCGGCAAAUUGCCAAUGCCAUGACAAUGGUCCUGAUCAUUGCAAUGGUUGUGUCGUUCGCGAUUAAAUCCUGGAUUGAGGGAGGAGUCGUGGCUGGUGUCAUUUUCAUCAACAUAUCAAUAGGAUUCUACCAAGAAUUCCAAGCCGAGAAAACAAUGGAUUCGCUYCGCUCGCUGAGCUCACCGACUGCUCAAGCCGUUCGUGAUGGCAAGUCGGUCACCAUCUCCACACAAGAAAUUGUUCCCGGUGAUCUUGUUGAGCUCAAGACUGGAGACACCAUUCCAGCAGAUAUUCGACUGGUCGAAGCAGUCAAUCUUGAAACUGACGAGGCCCUGCUCACCGGCGAGUCUCUUCCAGUGCGCAAAGUUGUCGAUGAUGUGUACGAUCCCGACACCGGGCCUGGCGACCGUCUCAACGUGGCGUACAGCUCUUCUACAGUCACAAAAGGGCGAGCCACUGGUAUUGUGUUUGCCACUGGCAUGCACACUGAGAUCGGAUCAAUUGCAGCUGCACUUCGCAAGAAAGACAGCCGACGCAGACCUGUCAAGCGCCGCGAGGACGGCACUACGCCUUUCUACCGAUAUGUUCAGGCGGCCACACUGACCGUCACAGACGGUAUUGGCGUCUUCUUGGGCGUCAAUGUCGGCACGCCGCUUCAGAAGAAGCUUUCCCGACUCGCGCUGCUCCUCUUCUUCAUCGCCAUCAUUUGUGCCAUCAUCGUUCUAGCAGCCAACGACUUCCGGAACGAUCAGGAGAUCAUCAUUUACGCAGUUGCUACUGGUCUUUCUAUGAUUCCCGCCUCGCUUGUGGUCAUUCUGACUAUCACAAUGGCCGCCGGCACAAAUCGAAUGGUCGAACGUAACGUGGUUGUGCGAAACCUCCGGUCUCUCGAAGCUCUAGGCGCCGUUACCGACAUUUGCUCGGAUAAGACUGGCACAUUGACACAGGGCAAGAUGGUUGCUAAAAAGGCGUGGGUCCCUGCUAAAGGUACCUACACCAUCGGGGAUACCGACGAGCCUUUCAACCCGACCAACGGUGAUAUUCUCUUCUCGGAUAAGGAGCCACGCGCCGCAGACUACAAGGACAAGAAGUCUGAAUAUGGUGAACUUCUCAACAACAGUGAUCCUCUGAAAGAUUACCUCCGCGUAGCUUCGCUCGCCAACUUGGCCACGGUCCAUCAGACGGAUUCCGGGGCCUGGAAUGCUCGUGGAGACCCGACGGAAAUUGCUAUUCAAGUCUUCGCUUCUCGUUUCCAGUGGAACCGCAGAGCAUCAGUUACCGGCGACAACCCAGCGAUGAAGCUGCUCGUCGAGUUCCCCUUCGACUCUGACGUCAAGAAGAUGAGUGUAAUCUACCGCGACCUCCACAGCAAGAACAUGUACGCCUUCACCAAGGGUGCUGUCGAGCGUGUGAUUGCCUCGUGCACGACCUACAUAGAUACUGAUGAGAAGUCGGCCGAAAUGACCGAAGAGUUCCGUGAAAGAAUCCUUGAGAACAUGGAAGCCCUCGCCAGUGGUGGUCUGCGUGUUCUUGCCCUGGCUAGCCGCGAGUACAAUGAACCUUAUCAGGAGGGUCAGGAGGUCGACCGUGCCAGCGUUGAGUCCGACCUCAUCUUCCGUGGUCUCAUUGGUCUAUAUGAUCCACCUCGUCCCGAAUCUGCACCAUCCGUCCGACGAUGCCAUGAAGCCGGAAUCGAAGUCCACAUGCUCACUGGCGAUCAUCCAGGCACUGCUCGAGCCAUUGCGGCCCAAGWCGGCAUCCUCCCAUCAAAGAUGUCUGAACUCAGCAAGGACGUCGCGGAUGCCAUGGUCAUGACUGCAUCUCAAUUUGAYAAACUUUCAGAAGCGGAAAUCGAUGCUCUACCGGUGCUACCUCUUGUCAUUGCUCGCUGUGCACCAAACACCAAGGUGCGCAUGAUCGAGGCACUCCAUCGACGGAAAAAGUUCGCGGCCAUGACCGGUGACGGAGUCAACGACUCUCCCAGUCUAAAACGUGCUGAUGUGGGCAUCGCCAUGGGCCAAGCUGGAUCAGACGUCGCGAAAGACGCAUCCGAUAUCAUCCUGACCGACGACAACUUCGCCAGUAUCCUCGCGGCUGUGGAAGAAGGGCGCCGGACUUUCGAUAACAUUCAGAAAUUCGUGCUGCAUCUUCUGGCCCAAAACGUUGCUCUGGCCAUUGUUCUACUUGUCGGUCUCGUUUUCAAGGAUGCGGAUGAGCUUUCGGUCUUCCCAAUUUCUCCCAUCGAAAUUCUCUGGAUUAUUAUGAUUACGAGUGGUAUCCCUGAUAUGGGCCUUGGUUUCCAAGAGAAAGCUCCAGAUGUCCUUCAGCGUCCACCUCAGGACCUCAAGCGCGGAAUCUUCUCCCUCGAGCUCAUGAUCGACAUGGUUGUGCUUGGAGUCUGGCUCGCCGCUCUCACUUUGGCUGCCUUUGUGCUUGUCCUCUAUCCAUGGGGAGGUGGUGAAAUUGGUUUCCAAUGCAAUGACUCCGUCCGUGACGGUUGCGAGACCAUCUUCCGCGCACGUGCCACCUGCUUUGCCUGCAUGACUUGGUUCUCCCUCUUUCUGGCGUGGGAGGUCAUCGAUAUGCGACGCUCCUUCUUCCGCAUGCAGCCAAACUCGGACCGUUACUUCACACAGUGGAUGCUCGACAUCUGGYGCAACAAGUUCCUCUUCUGGGCCGUCUUGGCUGGCUUCGUGCUCAUUUUCCCGAUCCUUUAUAUUCCUGUCAUCAACGAGGAUGUGUUCAGACAUACGGGCAUAUCUUGGGAGUGGGCUAUUGUAUUCAUCGGCUCUGUCCUGUUCUUUCUUGGUGUUGAGGGAUGGAAGUGGGCGAAGCGUAUUUUCUUCCGCCGUAGAGCGAGCAAGACUCAGGGUGACCCAAUUGAUGCUCAGACGAGGGCGUUUGAGCGUUACUUGAGCAUGGAUUCACGCAGCGAGAAGGUUUGA